AAAAAAAGAAAGAAGAAGAAAAGGGAAAAGCACGAGAAGGAGGGGGUAUCGUUGAAAAGGCGGAGCCUCGUCUACCAGUUGUUUUGGCCUCCUGAUGUCGUCUGAUUCAUUAGAUGUAUCUCAAAAUAACCUAUUAGGAAACAUUCGUGCACCUGGGACUGACCAAGAGAACAACAGUGGAAUGUGACGGGAGACACGUGAUCCACGACCCGGAAGACAAACACACGAUCUGUUAUACGCGAGAUGAACCUGGGUGCCCUGGAGGAGGACACCUUCUCUACCUGCUGCCACCUACUCUUGCAGAAGUCAGAACAACUGAGAGACGGCUGGAGCUGGGAAUCAGUCCAGGGUUCUCCGGAGGGAUACCUGAAGAAGACGGCUCUCAGGUCAGCCGUCAUUACUUCUAAUGCCAUCUGGAGCCAGGAAGGAUCCAAAUGUAACUCUGAGGCACACAGUUGCUGUCAAUAUUCAUCUGAUCAGCAGGUAUCAGAGAAGUCUGUUGUUGUUGAUGAAGAUGAUAGGGGCUGUACAGUCCCAGAAGGCAGCAGUCAGUUCCUUCAGUAUGAGUAUCACAUCCUAUACUCCUGCAGCUACAGGACUCCUGUCCUCUACUUCAGAGCCUGCACUCUGGAAGGUAGAAGUCUGUCACUAGAAGAAGUCUGGAGCUCGGUCCAUCCAGACUUCCAGGUUCGACUUCGUACAAGUCCCCUCAACACAAUCAGUCAGCAGGAGCAUCCCUUGCUGGGCCAGCCUUUUUUUAUGCUGCACCCCUGUAGAACGCAGGAGUUCAUGAGACCUGUGCUGCAGGUGGCUCAGGACCAACACAGGUCAUUAAAUUACGUCGUGGUGUGGCUGAGUGUGGUGGGACCACUAGUGGGUCUGGAUUUUCCUCAGGAAUACUCCACCCUGCUUCAAUAGAGCAGUGGAGGCAGCUUAUUCUCUACUUUGUAUCAUCAGCAGCACAGUGGAGCCUCCAUGCGGCUAAAUAAUCAGGGUGUGGUGCCCUAGACCCCAGAGGCCACAAAGACUCAAGGUUUGACACUUUCUGGUAAAGUAGUUGUAACGUAGCUGGUAUAUGCCGUGCUGGACUAUGAAAACUGUGUGCCCAUACUCAGUGGUGGUGGUUCAGGAAUGAAACUGAAAAACUGCUUCACUUUGAAGGUGUAGUGAAGCUUGUUUCUCCUAAUGUUUAAUUUAUGUGACUUUUUACAUUUUUACUUCCUUUGAAUCAAGUAAAUUACCUGACUACCUGAAUAACUUUCAAGUUCUUCUUUAACUCACAUACAAAAGCGCUGCAAACAAAACAGUGGAGGGAUAAGCAGGAGACAGUUAAGGCAAAAGUGUAGCCAGCUGAACUUUGUUGUAGGUGAAUGUUCUGGUUUUUAAGUUUUUCCAUAAAAGCAAUUUUUCUAUUUAAAAUGCAGUUUAUGGAAAUCCAGUAAAUGUUUAUUUAUUGCUAUAAAUGACAAAUAACAUACUGUAUAACCCAAAUACUAAGUAAAAUAUUUUACUUUACUUUACUCAGGCCAACUUUGGACUGUGACCACCUUGAUUUGCAAAAUGUAGCAAACCGUCAGUAACAGACAGGAGGAGCAACACAGUGUCAAUCUAGUUUCUCCUUGAAGCACGUACAGCAUCAUGUUAAAGAAGGAAGGUCUACAUGCUGCAUAUGUCUUUGAUAGUAGGUAAAUGCCUUUGCAUCAACAAAACUCUGCAGACUGCUAUCUAGUAGCCAACAGGUUUAUUGACAUGAAGAAAGGUUGGAACUGAACUAUAAUUAAGUGAAUAAUCCAAAAUCUGUAGAAAUACAUCCCACAAAUACAGAAGAAAACAUUAACAUACUUCCUAUGCCAACUCUUCAGUUUGAUAAAUGAAUAACAAGGUAAAAACCUCAUGCCUUCUCAAAUAAAUACAUGUAACAGUAAAAACAUCCUGAAGCUAUAUGAUGUUCGUGAUCAUUUACAUGGUCUGAUCAUGUUUGUGCCUCUACUGAUCCUUGUUACAUCAAUGCUCUGCUGUACCGUUAUUGUUUCUGUGCCUCCAGUUCCUGUGCCUUACUGAAUGAAGUCAAGUGCAUCCAGCUGAACUUAAAGAGCCAGUAGGUGGCGAUGUUGGACCAGUAACUGGUCCAACCAUCCUGCUGCAGUAUGACUGGGGCAAAGGUCAUGUGAAUCACACUUAUAAUGUGUCACAUUGUGAUAGAUACAAACAAAUAGACAGAUGAGAUACAAUGUCCUCACAUUGUGCUCUCAAGUUAUCAAUUCUAAUCUCUGGAAACAUGAUGAUUUUUUUUGCUGCUACAGUACAGUAGGACAGCAGUCAUUUCACCAGCUGAAUGAUGUUGUGUGGUUUGGUCCAGAAUCUGACGCCACAUCACCAGUCACAUUCAGUGAUUGUUUGUACACAGUUCAGAUGUUUUAAGUGUUAGAUGGCCAUACUCUUUAAAAAGGAAGAAAUCAGCUAAACAGGUCAGAGAUAAGAAUAAACUAUUUACACUAAGGCCAUGACAGAACUGUGUGUGAAUGUACUGCUGCUUGAGAGUCAUAGAAGAUGGAACAGUCCUGUAACAUCACUUUUAUUUUAAUUAAAGGUUUUGUUUGGUGUUUGGUAUGGUUGAAUUUCUGAAUCCUGUAAAUGUACCUUGAUGACUGUUUUUGUGAAUUACCCCUAAACAAAUAAAUUGAAUUUCAUUGAAUUAAUCAAAGCGUUGAUUCAGA